AUGAAAUUGUUAGCCUUUUUAAUAGUUAUUGUUUUAGUAACUGUGAAUGCAGACAAUUCACUUUCACCUAUGCAGUGCUUGGGUCUUUUGCUCAAAAUUAAAACGGGUUAAAUUUGCUAAGAGGGUGAUAAAGAUUGUACUGAUGCUCUAAUACCAUUUAAUUAAUGCAUGGAAAAUUGCGACUAACAAUCUACUGAAACAACACAAUAUGUUUAUUGUGUAGAAAAUAACUGCAAAUCUACAAAUCCUACAAUUUAAAGAGCUACUAAUGAUUUUGUAUUUUGUGCUAAUUCUGCCCAAGAUCCUAGCUCUCAUCCUAAUCCUAGUUCCAGCUAAAGCUUGAUUGUUUUAUAUAGCAUAUUAUUAUCAUUACUUUUCAUAAUAAUAUGA